AUGGGCGGUACUCUAGAAACAGAUAACAUCUCUCAUCCCCCACCUUCUUACAGUCAAGCAAUUGUCUACCAUGACCCCGAAACAGGGAGUAAUCUCAAGGACCCCGAUGGAGCAGGGGCUCCUGAGCUGGCCGAAGUAAAAGAUCUUAGAAAGGGUUUACAGCAACGCCACAUUCAAAUGAUUGCGUUGGCAGGAACAAUCGGAACAGGGCUUUUUCUAGGGUCAGGUCGAGCAUUGGCGAAUGCGGGGCCAGCAGGGAUAUUUAUGGGUUACCUUUUUAUGGGUUUCCUCAUCUCGGGCGUCACGCUUUCUAUUGGAGAGCUUAGUGCGCUUGUGCCUUUGAGUGGGGGUGUCAUUCGACCUGCUGCUUAUUUUGUGGACCCUGCGCUCUCCUUCGCGCAGGGAUGGAACGUGACAUAUCAAUAUUUGAUCUCGAUUCCAGCUGAGAUCUCUGCAGCAGCGGUGAUUGUGCAGUUUUGGGUUACGAUUAACAACGCUAUCUGGGUAACUGUAUUCAGUGUUGUUCUGUUCGUCAGCAAUCUCUUUCUCGUUCGGAUAUAUGGAGAGAUCGAAUUCACGCUAGCGAUCUUGAAAGGUCUUGUUAUCACAGCUGGUGGUGGCCCUGACCAUAAGCCGAUCGGAUUCAAAUACUGGCGCGACCCAGGCCCAUUCGUGCAGUACCUUGGCGUUCCCGGGGCUUUGGGCCGCUUCAUGGGAUUCUGGACCGUGUUUGCAAAUGCAGCCUAUGCCUAUUCAUCUGUCGAGACGAUCUCUAUGGCCGCUGCAGAAACUUAUGCUCCUCGUCGAAAUAUUCCCAAGGCUGCUAAAAGAGUCUUCGUUCGGAUUCUGCUAUUCUAUGUUAUUUCGAUUUUUAUGAUAACUCUCCUUGUUCCCUCAAAUGACCCCAAGCUUCUCAGAACUUCAGGGACAGCAUCUCAGUCGCCUUUCCUGAUCGCCGCGACACGGGCUGGCAUUGACGUGGUUCCCCAUAUUAUCAACGCCGUGGUGUUAAGCAGUGCAUGGAGCUCGGGUAACUCAACUCUACUUAGCGGCUCCCGUAUUCUUUAUGGUCUAGCUCGCGAUGGGCUCGCCCCAAAGUUUCUCGCCCGCACAAGCCGCUGGGGCGUUCCUUACAUGGGCGUCCUGGCCAUUGGCGUGUGGAUGUUUCUCGGAUACAUGUCAGUGAACUCGUCUGCAUCCACCGUGUUCACGUGGCUACAGGACUUGGUAGCAUGUGCGCAGAUUAUGAGCUGGCUCGUCAUUUGCACAACCUAUCUACGAUUCUACUACGCUCUAAAGAGGCAGGGUAUCUCCCGUCGCAGGCUACCGUGGAAGGCUCCAUUCCAGCCUUUCGGGGCGUGGAUGACCUUGAUAGCGCUGCUGAUUAUUCUCCUCACGAACGGCUAUACUACUUUCAUUCAUGGCCACUGGUCUACUGAGACAUUUAUUUCCGCUUAUCUGGAUAUUGGGAUUUUCGCCGCGCUUUACUUUGGCUACAAGAUCUGGUACCGUACCAAGAUUGUGUCGUUAGAUGAGUCGCCUGUUGCUCGCUACGUGGAAAUUGCAGAGAAUGACCCUGAUCCACCCGAAGAGCCCAAGUCGAAGUGGACUUUCUUGACUCUCCUUUGGAGCUGA